UCAAUCAUGUCAACAACAAAGAAGUUAAAUAUGUUUGAUCAACAACCAAAGCAAGGACAACAACAACCUCAACAACAACAAUCAUCAUUGUUGUCACCAUCUCAACUUUCGACGUCACCAUCAUCGUCGUCGUCAUCCCAACAAAAGAGUUGGGCAACGCUCUCGUUGAGUCAGCUGUCCCAACAGACUGCCAACAUGCCCUCAUACCAACCCUCGCAUCUCCAGCAGCAGCAUCAGCCACUACAGCAGUUCAGCAUGAACAACAGCAACAACAACAACAACAACAACAACAAGCCAUAUCUACAUCAACAACAGCAGCAGCAACCACAUCAUCAGCAUCAACAUCAUCAGCAACAGCAGCAGCAGUUUGUGCGUAGGAGUUUUGGCGGCGGAGAGUUUGGCGGCAGACACACCUCAGACACACAGUCGCCCUCAAAGAUCCAAUCCUACUAUGGCAAUGCCAAGCAGUAUCAUCAGCCUGGCUCUGGCGGCGGAUUCGUCUCGUCCACAUCCUCGUCGUCUUCGUCGUCGUUGUCGUCAUCGUCAUUGUCGUCUGUGGGCACCUCCUCGCAAAAGAUACGAUACUCCAAAGAGGACAUGCUCAGUAUCUACAAUCCCAGUGUGAGGGUGCCCGACACGUUGGCCCCUCACUCUCAGAUCCUGAACGAGGAGAUGCAGCAGCCAGUCAACUUCACCUUCACCUACGAGGGCAAGAGGAUGCCGCGGUUGAACAACUCCUCCGGGGGUAUCAACGCUCAGCGACAACCGCGUAAGGAUCUUGAUGGCACUGGCAGGGGCAGGAGGGAUGAGAAUGGCCAGUCAAAAGGAAAGUGGGGCUCUGGUGCCAACUCAAUGUCGUGGAGGAAGGACGACGAUAGGAAGAAUGCCAUGUGGUUCUAUCUGGACCCUCAGAACGAGACGCAAGGCCCAUUCCCCAGCCAUGGAAUGGACGAUUGGCACAAGGCCGGCUACUUCACGCCAACCCUCAAAGUAAAGCAUGGGGAGGAUGGCGUGUUUGUCGAGCUGCGCCGACUGCUGUUGCGCUGCGGCACCGACACGCCCUUCACCACGAUGGCCUCCUACCCGGACCUGAGGGACCUGCUGGAGGACGAGCACGACACUGACGACCACGGUGUCGACACUGAUGAAGACGGACUCGUCGGCCAAGACGACGACGAUGAGUUGGAGGACGAGAAGAUCCUCCAUGGUGUGUUGCAUGAUGAGCCACCAAAGACCAAGGUGAAGCAGCAGCAGACCUCGCCCCCAGCUCAACAACUGCCUCAGGCGGCCGCCCUCCAGCAGCAGCAGCCGGCUCAGCAACCCUUCUCCCAACAACUAUUCAACAAUGCUCCACAAACAGCAGCAUACCCACAACAGCCACAGCAACAACCACAACAGUUCCCUGGUGUUGACAUCCCCGCCGAGGGUGACAUCAUGCAGAGGUUGUCUGCGGCCCAGUUCCAAAGACAACAGCAACAGCAACAACAGCAGCAACACGGUCUGAUGAUGGGCGCAGGAGGCGACCCCGCCACCAGCAUGUUUGGAUCAGGUGGACUGAAUCCAGAGGCUGAGGUGUACCAGAAGUACCUGCUGAUUGAGCAGCAAAAGACCGAGAUCAACUUACAUCAGAUUGUUGAGCAGCAGCAGAAGGCUGAGGAGAAGCUCAAGCAGUACUAUGAGGCCAACCCGGCACAGCAGGGCCAACCCAUCCCCGCUCCCAUCCAGCAGUUGCAGCAGUUCUAUCACACGUGCCAACAGCAGCAACAGAUGUUGACACAGAAGUACUUCCAGUUGAAGUACAUGAGCUCCCUCCAGUACUCCAUGCCUAUGUUCAGCCCACUGCAGAUCCAGCAACUCUUCCAACAACAGCAACAACAGGCACUCUUCCAGCAGCAGCAGCAACAUCAACAACAACAACAGCAACAACCACUUGGCCAGCAACUCGCUCCACAGGAGGUCAAGCAACAGCCACAGCAUGUUCAGGGUGCACCUCUAGAUCAACAACACGCACUCAAUCUGUCGCAACAGCAUGCUGAGCAACAAGUUCCAACCCACGAGGAGAAGGAGACUGAGGAGGAUGUUGAUGUUGACAAUCAUCAGGAGCAACAGGCAUUUGAGCAAAAGCCAGUCACAAUCAAGCAAAAGACCACCCAACCAAAGGCAGACUUUGUCAAGUGGUGUCACCAGCAAUUGAAGCCACUCACUGACAUGGAUGUUGCCACCGUCACUGAGCUCCUGUGCAGUUUGAAGACUGAGUCUGAGAUCAGAGAGACCGCCAAAGAGUGUUUGGGAUACUCGACCGAGGCCACCAACUUUAUCAACGACUACUUGCUUGCCAGAAGUGACGAGCCAGGCCUCCAGUUCGAGGCAUCCUCCUUCAUUACCAUCCCAUCCAAGGGCAAGCCCAAGUCAAACCAGUCCAAGCCAAAGGGAAAGGGCAAGAAG